AUGGAACUUCAAGAUACCCUAUCCUUACUCUCCAUCUUGCGGCUCAUUUCAGCUCCUAAUUUUCCCCAGUACAUCGGCCGCACGAAACUCGCGGACUUCAUGGAGUCCUAUGCCAUCCAGCAGGAGCUCACAGUGUGGACGUCCUCGGCCGUUUCAUCCGUCCCCGCGCCCGUGUUUGACGAGGCUACGAAACGCUGGACCGUUGUCGUUAACCGUGCGGGCAAUGAGGUGACGCUCAACCCAAAGCAUCUCAUCAUUGCGACGGGCAUUGGCGCACCGUACGUCCCGCAAAUCCCGGGGCAAUGGGGUGUAGUACUCUGCUAACAUUGGGCCGGGGACAUGCGACGCGUGGUUCCGCAAACGUGUGAGCGGGGCGAGGACGACGUGGUGCUUGAGCUCGGAAGCGCCGACGCGAAGGGGCUGGAAUAGUGCAGGAGACGCGUUGGGCUGGGCGAUGGUCAUGGUCGCUCCUUCAAGAUCUGUGUUUCUGGAUGGGUGGUGCGGAUUUGGGGUAGGCGAAAUACGAUAAAGUGGAGAGAAGAGCGACGCUAGCUCUUAUACCCCGC